CGUUGUUCUUCUUCUUCUCUAUUCAUUCAUCUCUCUCAUUUUCUGCAACGAGAUCGACUUUUCUCUUCCUCUCCGGACGAACAGCGGAAGGACUCGCAGUGGAGGUGAUCGUAGAUGCGUUUUGGUGACGUGGACGCCGACCGGAUCCGAGUUAUCGAUCAUCAGUGAUUAGAGAAGAUGCUGACAAAGUUUGAGACGAAGAGCAACAGAGUUAAGGGACUCAGUUUCCACAGUAAGCGACCAUGGAUCCUCGCAUCUCUGCACAGUGGUGUCAUCCAGCUGUGGGAUUACCGCAUGGGGACGCUGAUCGAUAGGUUCGAUGAACAUGAUGGGCCUGUCCGUGGUGUUCAUUUUCACAAAUCUCAGCCGCUUUUUGUCUCUGGAGGAGAUGAUUACAAGAUUAAAGUGUGGAACUAUAAGACAUGCAGGUGUCUGUUUACCCUGCUGGGCCACCUUGAUUAUAUCCGUACUGUGCAGUUUCACCAUGAACACCCUUGGAUUGUGAGUGCUAGUGACGAUCAGACUAUCCGUUUAUGGAACUGGCAAUCUCGUACCUGCAUAUCUGUGUUGACAGGUCACAAUCACUACGUCAUGUGUGCUUCGUUUCACCCGAAAGAGGAUCUUGUUGUGUCAGCUUCACUUGAUCAGACUGUUCGUGUUUGGGAUAUUAGUUCCUUGAAGAAGAAGACUGCAUCACGGGGCGACGAUAUUCUGCGGUUGAGUCAGAUGAAUACGGAUCUAUUUGGCGGUGUAGAUGUUGUUGUCAAGUAUGUAUUGGAAGGUCAUGACCGUGGAGUGAACUGGGCGGCAUUUCAUCCCAAUCUUCCACUAGUUGUCUCCGGAGCAGAUGAUCGCCAAGUCAAGUUAUGGCGUAUGAAUGACGCCAAGGCUUGGGAGGUGGACACAUUGAGAGGGCACACGAAUAAUGUUUCAUGCGUGAUGUUUCAUGCCAGGCAAGACAUAAUAGUGUCAAAUUCAGAGGACAAAAGUAUUCGUGUGUGGGAUGCAACAAAACGAACAGGACUUCAAACUUUUCGUCGUGAGCAUGACCGUUUCUGGAUCCUCACUGCUCAUCCUGAGAUGAACCUUUUUGCUGCUGGCCACGACAGCGGCAUGAUUGUGUUUAAAUUGGAGAGAGAACGACCCGCCUUUGCAGUUAGUGGAGAUGCCCUCUUUUAUAUCAAAGACCGGUUCUUGCGGCUCUACGAAUUCUCUAGUCAAAGGGAUGCACUUGUUAUGGCAAUACGACGCCCUGGGUCCACUGGCCUCAAUCAGAGUGCGAGGACCCUAUCUUAUAGUCCAACAGAGCAUGCAUUACUUAUGUGCUCUGAUGUGGAUGGUGGCAUUUAUGAGCUGUAUGUCAUACCUAGAGAUGGCAGUGGCCGGGGUGACGGUGGGCCUGAUGCAAAGAGAGGAAGCGGAGGUUGUGCUGUUUUUGUUGCUCGGAAUAGGUUUGCUGUACUUGACAGGAGUAGCAAUCAGGUUCUUGUUAAGAACCUCAAGAAUGAGAUUGUUAAAAAGAGCGGGCUUCCGUUUCCUGCUGAUAUGAUAUUUUAUGCUGGGACAGGUAGCUUGCUAUGUAGGUCUGAGGACAGGGUGUAUAUAUUCGAUCUUCAGCAGAGGCUGGUCCUUGGUGAGUUACAGACUCCUUUUGUCAAGUAUGUAGUAUGGUCAAAUGACAUGGAAAAUGUUGCUCUCCUCAGCAAGCAUGCAAUCAUCAUUGCCAGCAAGAAGCUUAUCCAACGCUGCACUCUUCACGAAACAAUCCGUGUAAAGAGUGGAGCCUGGGAUGAAAAUGGAAUCUUCAUAUAUACUACUCUAAACCACAUCAAGUACUGCCUACCUAAUGCUGAUAGUGGAAUCAUCAAAACUCUUGAUGUGCCUAUAUACAUAACAAAAGUUUCUGGGAAUUCCAUCUUUUGCCUUGACCGUGAUGGAAAGAAUAGGGUUAUAAUCAUUGAUGCAGCAGAGUACAUGUUCAAAAUGUCUCUGCUGAGGAAGAGGUAUGAUCAUGUAAUGAGCAUGAUAAGGAAUUCACAGCUUUGUGGGCAGGCUAUGAUUGCUUAUUUGCAGCAGAAGGGGUUCCCUGAAGUUGCUCUUCAUUUUGUGAAAAAUGAGAGAACACGUUUCGAUUUGGCUCUUGAGAGUGGGAACAUUCAAAUUGCAGUGGCUUCAGCUAAGGAAAUUGAUGAGAAGGAUCAUUGGUAUAGGUUAGGAGUUGAGGCUCUUCGCCAAGGAAAUUCAGGAAUCGUGGAAUAUGCCUACCAGAGGACUAAGAACUUUGAGAGGCUCUCUUUCCUCUAUCUCAUAACCGGGAACUUGGACAAGUUGACGAAAAUGCUGAAGAUUGCUGAAGUUAAGAAUGAUGUCAUGGGUCAAUUUCAUAAUGCUCUGUAUCUGGGAGAUGUUCGCGAGCGCGUGAAGAUCUUGGAGAACACUGGGCACUUACCACUUGCUUAUAUAACUGCUUCCGUUCAUGGACUACAUGAUAUUGUCGAAAGGCUUGCAGCUGAGUUGGAAGGAAAUGUUCCUUUGCUGCCUGGUGGCAAAGAACCUUCACUCUUGAUACCCCCGAGGCCGGUUAUAUCUGGUGGUGACUGGCCUUUAUUGAGGGUGAUGAGAGGCAUAUUCGAGGGUGGCCUUGACAAUAUUGCUGGACAGGGUGCUGAAGAUGAAGAGUAUGAGGCCGCUGAUGGAGAUUGGGGUGAGGAAUUGGACAUGGUCGAUGUGAAUGGCCUGGAGAAUGGUGAUGUGGCAGAAAUUUUAGAGGGUGAAGUUGGUGAAGAGGAUGGGGAGGAGGAGGGAGGUUGGGAUCUCGAAGACUUGGAACUUCCCCCCGAAUUGGAAACUCCAAGGGCGUCUUCUGUCAAUGGUCACUCUGUUUUUGUUGCUCCUGCUCCUGGAAUGCCAGUGAAUCAGAUAUGGAUCCAAAAAUCUUCGCUCGCUGCUGAGCAGGUAGCUGCAGGGAAUUUUGACACUGCCAUGAGAUUGCUGAAUCGGCAACUCGGGAUACGGAACUUCACUCCUCUGAGGCAAAUUUUCCUUAAUCUCCACUGGGGAAGCCACAGCUACUUAAGAGCCUUCUCUUCGGCUCCAAUCCUCUCAUUGGCCCUUGAACGCGGCUGGAGUGAGUCUAAUAACCACAACAUGCGGGGGCCGCCAACCCUUGUCUACAAUUUCUCCCAGUUGGAAGAGAAGCUUACUGCAGGUUAUCAUGCCAUGAAGACUGGGAAGUUCACCGAGUCUCUUUGUCUCUUCCUCGAAAUUCUCCAUACAAUCCCAUUGAUUGUGGUGGACUCGAGGAGGGAGGUCGAUGAAGUCAAGGAAUUGAUCGGUAUAGCAAAAGAGUACGUCUUAGGUAUCAAAAUGGAGCUGACAAAAAGGGAUCUAAAAGAUGACCCAGUUCGCCAGAUGGAGCUCUCCGCUUACUUGACUCAUUUAAACCUCCAAACAGUCCACCUAAGGCUUGCUUUGAACAAUGCCAUGACGUCCUGCUACAAGAAUAAGAACUUCGCUACAGCAGGGAUGUUUGCCCGGCGACUUCUCGAGACGAACCCCACAAUAGAGUCCCUCGUGAAGAAGGCAAGGCAGGUCGUGGCGGCAUGUGAGAGGAACAAUACCGAUGCUUCUGAGCUUAACUACGAUUACAGAAACCCAUUUGUGGUAUGCGGGGUGACCUAUGUCCCGAUAUACCGGGGACAGAAGUUUGUCUCUUGCCCAUAUUGCUGGACAAGGUUUCUGCCUUCCCAGGAAGGGCAGGUUUGUAACGUCUGCGAUCUUUCCGUGGUCGGGGCAGAUGCUUCGGGACUAAUCUGCUCUCCUUCCCAGGUUCGAUGAUCUCAUUACUAAGGCAGCUUUUCUACCUUAACGUUUUUACCACUUGCAGCACAUCAUAGAGGUAUAAGGAUUGUCUAAUGUCUAUGGCAGUAUCGGAUUGAUUGCGAUUUUGAAUGCUAUCGCAUCAGUAACAUCAGAUUUUUUCGACACCAAUAGUUCUUAGUUACUGUCGAUGUCUAUAGGUAACAGGACUAUGAGCUAAGUAUUGUAAGGCCCUUCUUAUUCUUUAUUUUACAUAUAUGAGAAUAUGUUUCCCUUGAUUUCAUA